AUGCAAUUUUUUGUGCUCCAUGUAAAUAAUUUGUUCCACAACUUACAAAUAUGGCAUCAAAACUCUAUUGCUAGAGUUGCUUAUGAUUAAUAACAAGACCUAGAUAAAUAUGCUCAUUAAUAAUUCAAAAUCUCAUGUUUCCUUACUUUCAUAUUUUUAUCUAUAGCAAGCCUUUUCAAUUUACUGGAUAAAGAAGUGCGGAUUCUUUACUUUAAUGCAUUUUUAGGUAUAUAUAAAUAAAAUCUAUAAUAUUUUUAGUUAGUCAAUGGGUCCAACAGAAAUUUUAAUAUAAGAUCAAUUUAAUAGAUUUUUGA